AUGACAUAUACGCUACCCUCGGAGCCGACCCUCGACUCCACGACCCUCUUCUCCCUCCUCUCCACCGUCGCGAUUCUCAUCGCGGCGCUGGCCCUCUCACGCGUGGUGUUGCCAUCUAACAUGGCAACGCGCUGGCGCUUUCUGUUUGUCUGGCACGCGUUUGAUGCCCUUAUACACUUUAUCUUGGAGGGCUCGUUCAUCUACCACUGCUACUUCAGUGUCGCACCUGUCCCCAAGGAUGGUAGUCUGUACUGGCCGGAUCCUGAGAACUAUCUGGGUUCUGGUCUCACGGCGCGAUUCAGGAAGAUUCAUGGCCCCCAAGCUGCCCCUCAGAAUGCUCUGGCCAACUUAUGGAUAGUGUACGCCAGAGCGGAUCGGAGAUGGGCCGGCGUUGAUUUGACGGUGCUCAGCAUUGAGACCAUAACUGUUCUCUUUGCCGGUUCAUUGGCUUGCUUUGUAUGCUACGACAUCGCACGCCGCAACCCACGUGCGAGCCUGAGCGCUAUCAUUCUGGCCGUUGCUGAGAUCUAUGGAGGCUACAUGACUUUCAUGCCUGAGUGGCUGUCGGGUAACAUCAACCUCGACACCAGCAACUGGAUGUACAAGUGGCUGUUCCUCACCUUCUUCAACGGUCUCUGGGUUGUCGUCCCGCUCUAUUCUAUCUAUGUCGCGGCUGAUGACAUUUUUGAGGCCUUCCGCGUGCGCCAGGCUACCCUCGGCAGGAAGAAACAGAAAUAG